UAUUCAUAUCAAUGUAAACAAAACAAAAAAAGUGAACGCCUUCUUCAAACGACUUUGAAGAAGGAUUUCAAUUCUUUCUACGACCUUGUUUCCAUUCUCUACUUCGAUUUUAAUUGUUGUUCAUUAAUUUCAAAUAAUUUUAUAAUAUACUUGCAAAACAGAAUACCUUAAUUGACUAAACAUUAUGGCAAAAAACGAUACAAAUAAAGGAAGGAGAAUCGCCAUAAUUGGCGUAUCUACCUUGUUAUUGGUGGCUAUGGUGGUUGCUGUCACCGUUGGCACAUAUGGAGAUCAAAAUGGUUAUGAUGAUAAUAUAGAAGACACCAGAAAGAACCACAUUGCUUCCACUAUGAAAGCAGUUCAAACAAUUUGUCAUCCCACUGAUUACAAGAAGGAAUGUGAGGAAACCCUCAUAGCAGAGGCUGAGGCUGACAAUGUCACUGAUCCAAAAGAACUUAUUAAAAUAGCAUUUAAUGUUACCAUGAAAAGAAUUGGUGAUAAAAUUAAGGAAACCGAUCUCUUGCACGAGGUUGAGAAAGAUCCUAGAUCAAAGGAUGCACUUGAUACAUGCAAACAACUUAUGGAUCUUUCAAUCGAAGAAUUCACUAGGUCACUUGAUGGAAUUAAUGAGUUUGAUCUAAAAGAUAUUGACAAAAUCCUUAUGAAUCUGAAGGUUUGGCUUAACGGUGCUGUUACAUAUAUAGAUACAUGUUUGGAUGGAUUUGAAAACACCACUAGUGAAGCUGGUACAAAGAUGAAAGAGUUAUUAACAUCAAGCAUACACAUGAGUAGCAACGCUCUUGCCAUUAUUUCAGAUUUUGCUGACACAGUCUCUGAUUGGAAUGCCACACAAAUUCUUAGACGUCGCCUUCUUCAUGAUUCUGAGACUCCUUCUUCGGUUGAUCAUCAUCAUAAACAGCACAAUGCUAAGAAAAAUGUAUUCAAACACAAGCCUAAUGUUACUGUCGCCUUAGAUGGCAGUGGUGAUUUUAAGAGCAUCAAUGAGGCAUUGACACAGGUUCCUAAGAAAAGCAAAAAACCAUUUGUGAUAUACAUUAAGGAAGGUGUUUACCCAGAGUAUGUUGAAGUUACCAAACAUAUGACGCACGUUGUGUUUGUUGGUGACGGUGGGAAGAAGACAAUAAUCACUGGCAACAAAAACUUUAUUGAUGGCGUUAACACCUAUAGAACCGCCUCUGUUGCUAUUCAAGGAGAUCACUUUGUGGCCAUUAACAUGGGAUUUGAGAACUCAGCAGGCCCACAUAAACAUCAAGCAGUGGCACUAAGGGUUCAAGGAGAUAAGACAAUAUUCUUCAAUUGCUCAAUGGAUGGAUAUCAAGACACACUUUAUGUACACACUAUGCGUCAAUUUUACCGUGAUUGCACCAUUUCAGGUACCAUUGACUUUGUCUUUGGUAAUGCAUUAGCCGUUUUCCAAAACUGCAAGUUUGUUGUCAGAAAGCCAAUGUCAAACCAACAAUGCAUUGUGACCGCACAAGGAAGGAAAGAAAGAUUCCAACCAUCAGCAAUAGUCAUCCAAGGAGGUUCCAUUGUAUCUGAUCCUGAGUUCUACCCAGUGAGGUUUGACAACAAGGCAUACCUCGCCCGUCCAUGGAAGAACUUUUCUAGGACUAUCAUAAUGGAUGCUUUCAUCGAUGAUUUGAUUCAUACUGAUGGUUAUUUGCCAUGGCAAACAAUAGAGGGACCUUCCGGCAUGGACACUUGCUUCUAUGCUGAGUACCAUAACUUUGGCCCUGGUUCAGACAAAACAAAACGUGUAAAUUGGGCAGGCAUUUGGAACCUCAAUGCAAAGGCUGCACAUUGGUUUGCACCAUCCAAGUUCUUCCAUGGUGGUGAUUGGAUUGAGGCAACUGGAAUUCCUUUUUUUUCAGGUAUUCCCGAUCACCAGAGGCACAAAAAGACUCUGCUUAAAUGGUGAUCUUGAUGAUGUGCUCUUACAAAUAGUUCUUACAAAUUAGACACUAAUUAGUUAAUAUUAAUACUUUUGUUGAUUAAUGGUGUCACUUUGACAUAUCACCCUUUAAUAUCUAAAAGGAAUGUUCAAUAUUUUGUUUUGCAAGAUAUGUAUAACUUUGAAUUUAAUGAAAGUUAAAUGUCUUUCGUUCGUGAUUUUAUU